AUGGAGGCCCAAGCCCUGGAACACGAACGCCGUCUGGGUGAGACACACGGAGAAAAGGCCUUGGAGCACGCCAUCGCCGCUGCCGACCUGUAUAUGCAGGCUGCUGGUCAGACCAAAAUCCCAGAAGAUCGCAAGCGGUUCAGGAGAAAGUUCGCCGACCUCAUUGCUCUUGGAGAGCGCCUCAAGGCCAACGCCAAAGCUGCCAGCAGCGCCUCGAGACCUGCCGUCCCUGAGUCCACUCGGAUCCUAACAACGGCAGAGAAAACGGCUAUUCUUGAAGCAUCACGGCUACAUGGAAAUGUAUUCCCACCCUGGGAACGUGUCCCAGCUCCGGAGAGCUUUUCGGAUGUCAAUAGCCCUACUUACACUGACCCUUCGCCCUUCUCACUUUCCCCCGAGCAGCUGGAUAUCUUUGCCGGUUGGUUGCGUCCUGCUGAGCUCCCAGGGUUUAAAGAUGAAAGUGCCGAAGGCGACCUGGAGCAGCUCAUGACUGCAAACGCGGAAACGGACCUGGCGCAGGAUUUAGCGACAGACUGUUCUGUCGUAGCUAGCCUAUGCGCCGCUACUCGCUACCUUGGGUCUACAAAAGGCUCGCUACUUGGUUCGCUAAUAUACCCAUUCGACCACGAGAGGAUACGGCCGGCUAUCUCCAAGACCGGCAAGUACGUGUUCCGCAUGUAUUUCAACGGGAGCUGGCGCCACGUUGCCAUCGAUGAUCGUCUCCCCGCGUCCAAGACUGACCGCACACUGUAUGUCGUCGACCGGCGCAAUCCUCGGCUGCUAUGGCCAGCUCUCAUCGAAAAGGCGUACCUGAAGAUACGUGGCGGUUACGACUUCCCCGGUAGUAACUCGGGAACGGAUUUACAUGCUUUAACAGGAUGGAUCCCGGAGCAGAUCUUUCUUCAGAGCGACGAAAUCGAACUUGAUGAAACAUGGUCCAGGAUCAAGAAGGCCUACGACGAUGGAAAUGCGAUUCUUACCCUUGGGACGGGGAACAUCCUACCAGAAGAAGAGGAAGCGUUGGGCCUGGUAAGAGAGCACGACUACGCUGUCAUGGGCCUGAAAAAAGAGGACGACUCCCGCUUGUUACUCAUCAAGAACCCCUGGGUCGACAGCCUCGUCUGGACAGGCCUUGGGAGCACGGCAACCCUCAAAGCACACACGGUCGGAUCAUCUGACGGAGCGUCCAACCAGUUCUGGAUGGCCAUCGAGGACGUUCUCCAACACUUUGACUCGCUCUACGUCAACUGGAACCCGGCGCUUUUUGCCUACCGGCAGGACCACCACUUCAAGUGGAAAAUGUGCGACAAGACGGAAAGAGCUGGUCUUCACGCACAACCCGCAAUACAGUGUGCUCUCUCCCUCCGGCAGUCCCAUCUGGGUGCUGCUCAGCCGUCAUUGGCAGGACGGCGAGCUCGAGAUCCUGCGCCCACGCAAAGCAGAAAAGGACCGCGGCGACUCUUCCUUAGCAACCGUCUCCAAGCAGCUCGGGCUUCAUGGCUCUCGCGCUCUACGCCACAUCACACACCGGAGCACCCGCGUUCCCCCUUGCCCGACACCGCCCGCCGCAUCCACCCAAACCACUACGUCGACAGCCCCAACACCCUCCUCCGCUACACCCCGACCCCCAACACCCCCCAAACCCUCGUCAUCACCCAAACCGAGCUCCCCCUCCCCACCUACUCCUUCACCCUCUCCUUCCUCUCCCACCACCCCCUGACCAUCACCCCCUCCCCACCCCGCCUCCCCCACAGCACCACCCUCACCAGCGCCUGGACGCGCCGCACCGCCGGCGGCAGCGCCGUCGACCCACCUACCACACCAACCCACAAUACACCCUCACCCUGCCGCAACCCACGCACCUGCACUUCACCCUCAGCACCUCCGAUCGCGACCUACCCCUCCGCGCCGAGUACGCGGCGAGGCCUGCGCGGCCGACCGCAGCACUCGCGCCUCGAUCCGGGCACGUACGCCGUGGUGCUGUCGACGUUCGAGCCCGGCCAGCUGGCCCCGUAUACGCUGCGGGUGGAGGCCGCCGUGCCGGUGGUGUUGGCGCCGGUGCCGGCGGAUGGGGCGGGCAGGUUGCGCAGGCCGCUGCCGGUGGUGGCGUUGGGGAUAGGCAGGUUGAGGGCGGGGGUUGUGCCGGAGCGGUUGACGAGGUUGGCGGUGCAUGUGCGUUCUGCGCCGGGGGUGGGGAGGGGUGGUGGUGGUAGUGGGGGUGAGAGUAGUGGUGGCGGUGGUGGUGGCAGUGCGGUGCGGGUGUCGCUGGAGGUGGGCACGGGUGCGCACCGCGCGGUGUUGGCGGUGUCGCGAGAGGGGGAGUUUGCGGACGCGGCAAUGGGGCUGCGCACGGCGGAGGUGGAUGUUGAGAACGGGGAGGCGUUGGCGCGGCGGGGCGGGUUGUGGGUGGUUUUGGAGCAGAUUGGGGGUGGGGGAGGUGGUGGUGAUGGUGGGAGUGGAGGGGUGCAGGUUGAGGUGCUGAGUGAUGGGGUGGUGCAGGUGGGCGGGUGGGAGAAUGCGGAUGAGGAUUGA